AUGCUGUCCACAAGCUCAGGCCGAGGUGUUCUGCAAUGCAAAUUCUGUCACAAGGGUUUCUCCAAGGGAGAACAUCUGAGGAGACACGAGCGAAGUCAUACGGGAGCCAAACCGUAUCAAUGCAAAGAAUGCAAGCGAUCCUUCAGUCGACAAGACUCGCUCGCCCGGCAUGAGAGACUACACCUUCGUCGCCGCAACCCAGAGGAUGGCUGCUCGCCCUCAGAGUCCAUUGAUAGACUCGUCGCUCCAGAGAGCCUCAGGGACAGCGAAUUGGCCGAAAGCUUCCCCAAUGUGGCAGCCGACGUCUUGGUCUUUCCUCCCGCGCCGCUUCCAGUGGGAGUCCCACAACAAGCAGGCGACUUGGACUUUGAGCUCAUCUGGCCCGACUCUGAAGACUUGCUACAGACACUCAUGUCCAGUGACGCCUCUAAUCAGUGGCAGAUCCCCCUAGGGACUCUUCCAUUCUCUGCCACCCCGUCCACAGCCGAUAAGUGCUUCGAGACACCCAGCUCGUUUGAUGAGCGCCCUCCGUCGAUAGGAGCUAUACCUUCGGGAGGAAAUCACCAAGCAGUCCAAGAUGUCAGUAAGAUGGUCUCCAAUGUUUCGUCCAGCGUCACGGCCGCAGCAAGAUCCACCUCCAUCACCUCCGUCUUCCUCGACGAGUGCCUGCACAUGUUCUUUGUCAAGUUCAUCCCCACGUUCCCGGUCCUUCACAGAGCCACUUUCAUCUUCCGCGACUGUGCUCAUCCACUACUUCUCAAUGCCAUCGCCAUUGGCUCUCUGUAUCUGGGACCCAAGGAUGCUGUGGCAAAGGGCGAGGCGCUGUGGCAUCUGGCACACACGGCCAUUGCAACAUCAUGGCAGAGCCUGAUCACUCACCGAGGUCCUUAUGAUACCUGCGACGGCGUCCAGCUGCUGGUCACGAGCGUCCUCAGCCAGGUCUAUGGUGCGUUGUCGAAGAAUCGCACCAUCCGAUCCACGAGCCAGGCAUUCCAUUCUCUAGGGUUUGUCUGGGCCCGACGCUGCGGAAUGCUGGACAGCGAGCCGUAUUCGCUCGCGUCAGUCCCUGCCCUAGAUGCCGCCGAGUCUGAAAAGGAGCAUCAAUGGAGACUGUGGGUGGCGCGAGAGAUCCAGCAGCGAGCCCUCCUGGCACAUUACAUGCUUGACGGUCUCAUCUCGCAGAUGUCUGGGGAACCAACUUCAGUGCGCCAUGCCACGAACCAGCUCACACUGCCCAGCGACGACGCGGCGUUCGAGGCAUCAACGGCUGGCGAAUGGAUCUCCUACAUGCAUGCCUCGGCAUCUUUCCCGGUCCCAUCCUUUCGGAGCAUCCUCCGACGCCUCUUCCAUCCGCUGGACGAGUCGAGCUGGCUGGACACGACACUGUCGGCAUUCUCAUACAAAGUCAUCUUGGAGGGACUCCAAUCCUUGAUUUCCGAUGACGAUUCGGAAGAGGACACAGCCGUGGGAGUCCCCACCCGAGGCGAGGUUCGCGCCGCGCUGAACAAGGUCUACGAGAGCAUCAGACUGAACCCGUCUCUAUCCUCAGCGGACCGGUUCGAGACCCUCCUGCGCUGGCACGCCAUAUGUCUCGACACGAACGUCGAUUCAUCCCUACUUUGCCGUAAUUUGUGCGCGAAAUACGCCAUCCCGCAGCACAUCUGGCGCAACGGACACGGGCCAAAGCCCAACACCGACCUCGCCGCCUGGGUGACAACUCCAGCAGCGCGCAGCGCCUUGCUCCACGCCAUGGCUAUCCAAGAGAUCAUCGAGCAGCUGCCCCGCGGCCGCGCACACGCCAUCCACAUGCCCAGCGCCCUGUUCGCCGCCGCUACGGUGUACUCGGUGUUCGCGCUGGGAAGCCAGCCUGCGGUCAAGAUUCCUUCGACGGUAGUGUGGCAGGACGUUCUCUUAUCCGAGCACCACAGCCAUGCCUCACAACUGUCAUCUACAUCUCCUUCAUCCUCGUCGACCCUAUUGUACACCAACACCCCGGACAUGGACAUGGACCGCUGCUCGGCGUCCACGUCCGACACGACGCGCUACAUCCGUGGCGACAGCCUGCAGAGAUCGAACGCGGCCUCGCGCAAUCUGCUCUACGAGCUGAACUCGAUGGAGAAGCUGUUCCGCUGUCUCAUUGCGCAGUGGGGCGUGGCUGUGGACAUGGAGAGCGUGGUUGAGAAGUGGAUUGAGCUUUGUCAUUGA